AUGAGGGACUUUAACGACCCAGGUAUCUUCUGGGGAAGCCACAUGGCCAACCUCAAACUCCCUGAAGAGGGCGAAUAUUUCCUCAAAGUCCUGAUCCCCAGCUAUGCGGCCGGCUCCAUCAUCGGGAAAGGGGGCCAGACCAUUGUCCAGCUGCAGAAGGAGACGGGCGCUACCAUUAAGCUCUCCAAGUCCAAGGACUUCUACCCAGGCACCACGGAGCGGGUGUGCCUCGUGCAGGGCACGGCCGAGGCCCUCAACGCCGUCCACAACUUCAUCGCGGAGAAGGUGCGCGAGAUCCCCCAGUCCGUGGUGAAGCCGGAGUCUGUUAACAUCCUGCAGCCGCAGACCACCAUGAACCCGGACCGUGCCAAGCAGGUGAGACCUGGUGGAGGGAGACCCUCCCCCUGGGAGUAUCCAUGCCUCUGGGGUGGGGGCCGGCUGGAAUUGGACAGACCCUGCGAUUGUCCUGAGCUGUGCAGUGCCCAACCGACACUGCCCAGUAGGAAGUGGCUUCAUCAGCUCUACCCUGAUCUUGUGUGGAGCACUAUAUCCAAUUUGAACAGGAUGGAUCAGACAGAGUAUCAGAUUAAGAAACAGACAUAA